AUGCAAGGUCCAUCUCCAAUUCCUGUUACAGUUUUCACUGGCUUUCUCGGCUCGGGAAAGACCACCAUAAUUCUUUCCCUCUUACCGCGGGUUCCUCAAGGUUAUAAACUUUGCUUGUUGAAGAAUGAGUUCGGAGACGUCAAGGUCGACAGUGAAUUGGCUCAGGAAAGCAAUCUCGCAGUACAGGAAAUGCUCAAUGGAUGUCUUUGUUGUGUGCUGGUUGGUCAAAUGAAAUUGGCCUUGAUGGAACUUAAAGAGAAAUAUAAUCCCGACCGUGUGAUUAUUGAGACCAGUGGAUCGGCUUUUCCAGCACCCAUUGCGUGGCAAAUACGUGAAAUGGCAGACGAUGGAUUUACCCUGGAUAGCAUAAUCACCGUGAUAGAUUGUGUAAACUUUCGAGGAUAUGAGGAUACAAGUUAUACAGCCAAGAUCCAAGCCCAGUAUACGGAUAUCAUCUUGUUAAACAAGCACGAACUGGUUGGGGAGAGGGAACUUGAUUUGGUAAUAGAUCACGUUAAUGACUUAAACACUGAUACACCUAAAAUUAAGUGCGAAGGAAAACGAGGUGUAUCACCAGAUCUCAUUUUCGGCAUCGAUACAAAAUUAUUUAGUCUGACACAAAAUACAGAAUUAAUUGAUCCCAGGAUCACAGAUCACCAUCAAGCAGAAGUGGAUUUAAUUCAAGUCAUAGUUUUAGUGCAUGGAAAUGUAUCAUACAAAGGAGGGGAUGCAAUAACGACGGAUCUGACCGCAUCGAUGACAAAACGAAGAUUCGAAACAUUCUUAGAAUCACUACCUAAAGAUGAUAUCUAUCGACUGAAAGGUAUUGUUAAGCUGGCUGAUCACAGCAACCUUAAUCCUGAAAGCAUUACUCAUCUGGAAACCAAUGACGUAAAGUGGAACGAACAGAAUAAUCAUAUGCAGAAGGAAGCAACCGAACAAAUGUACAUCGUUAAUCAUGCAUUUGGGCGUUACACCCUUACACCAAUUCAGAGAAUGCAUAAUCUCCCUAGCAUGAAUAUAAGAAUCAAAAUUACCAUAAUGGGUACCUGUUUGAAAACGCAUCUUGGCAUGAUAAAAACCGGUCUCGCAGUUAGCGAUGAGCAUGUCGUUGUGCACUUUGCUCAUCAUUGA